AUGGCCGUCUCACCAUCGCCACAGACACAGAACAGUGGCCGACGCGAAGUCAUUGAGCUUCAUGAAGGCGUGAACUCGAUGACUAUUCUCGGCGAGGCCCUGGGCCAACAACACCCUAACCGCCUCGUUAGAGUCAUUGUUGAGGAAGAUAGCUCUAGGCGCCAUCCUCGACAGUCUUUUCCCGGUCUAGACGAUGCGGACGUGGCGUAUCUAACGUCGAAAGGAGCACUCAGCUUCCCGCCUCGCUCUAUCUGCAACGAGCUCCUCCGUCUGUAUUUUGCCCAUAUCUAUCCUUAUGCACCCGUGCUCGACCGUGUCAAGCUCAUGCGGGAUUACAGAGCCAACCGACAUUCGGUCUUCGUCCUACAAUCGAUCCUUGCCAACGUUGUCCCAUAUACUCCCAAAGAGCUCCUCAGGCAAGCUGGGUACGAGGAUCGCAUCACGGCCCAAAAGACCCUAUAUUCCAAGGCCAGGCUUCUUUAUGACUCGGGAUGCGAAAGGAAUCAGCUCUAUCUGCUCCAGGGCUCAUUCAUGCUCAGCUCUCUGUCCUUUUCGUAUGCAAUAGACAAGGACUAUCGGUACUGGCUCAGCAAUGCCGGAAGGAUCGCUACGCGGAUGGGUCUCCACAGGAACUAUGCUUCCGAGACACUCGGCAAACGCUCAAAGCGGCUCUUUCGCCGCAUAUGGUGGACUUUAUACAAUCGCGACACGCUGCUGACAAUUUCGGGAAUUGACAAUCUGAGAAGAUUCAAUGACCGAUACUGUGACACGGCACCCCUACGGGAGUCGGAUAUGGACGAGGACGGAGAGAUUCCGGAAGAGUUUCGCGGCGUCGUCUACCCCGUGUCCCUCCUACAUAAGAUGUUCAUGGUGGAGUAUAGCAAACUGUCGACCAUCAGCGGCCUCUUCAUACGGGAUUUCAAAACGCCCGGUAAAACCCCGACGCCCGAGGAGAUUGAAUAUCUAAGCAACCGGAUCACCUCCUGGCGAAAGCAGUUGCCUGCCGAAAUGCAGAUCCACGGCAUCCAAGACGACUGGCCCUCUGAUAGUGUUUUGGUUUUGGUGUUGUUGGCCAUGGGCUAUCGCCUGGAGACGGUCUUCUAUCGAGCGGUCAAAGAGUAUUAUCGAGCACAGAAAGACCCUACUGCGAUGCAGCGGGUGGCUCAACGGCAAGAGAGCGCAAUGUUCGAGCUGUCCACGAUAAUCCAGCGAGCCUCGAUGCACGAGGUGCUACAUCUAUGUCCGCUGUCCUUGUGA